AUGGCCCAUAGUUUUUGGACUUGUUCGGAGCUGGGUUUUUCGUUUUCUAAUUCUUUGGGAAGAUCGGGGGGAUUGCUUACAUUAUGGAAUAAGGAUAACAUUGAAGUAUUCAGUAGUUUUAAAGGGGAUAGGUAUUUAGGAAUUAAAGUGUGGUGGAAGAAUAACUUAUACUAUGUGGUGAAUAUCUACUCUUCAUGCGAUUUGAGAAAAAAGAAAACCUUAUGGAAUGACUUUCUAAUUUUAAUGGAGAAAUACAAAGAUGGUGAAUGGAUUUUGGGUGGCAACUUCAAUGCCAUAAAAAAUGAUAGAGAAAGAAGAGGAAGGGCGGUCUCAAAUAAUCCUAGGGAGGUGGAGUUAUUUGCGGAGUUCAUUAAUAAAAGUUCUUUGGUGGAUAUUCCUUGUAAAGGGAAGAAAUUUUCUUGGUAUGGAGGAGAUGGUAAGUCGAAGAGUAGAAUUGAUCGUUUUCUCUUAUCUAAUAUUGUUGUUAAUAGGUGGGAGGUUAUUGGCCAAUUCAUUGGAGAUCGGGAUGUAUCGGAUCAUUAUCCGAUUUGGUUGAAGUCGGAUAAAUAUAAUUGGGGUCCUAAACCUUUUAGAUUCAAUAAUGAGUGGUUUUCUUAUGAUUCUUUUGUUCCGUUUGUAGAGAAGGAAUGGAAAAAUUUGAAGAUUGAAGGUAGAUGA